AUGGCCACUUUAGACGCUCUCAAGCACGCCCUUAGGCAGAUCGCCGAUACACCACUGCCAGCGCUUCAUCAGACAUUGUCCGACGCCCUGUACAGCUCUGCCUUCGAUCUCCUAUUACAGGGCCCUGGAUGGACCUCGUAUCGAGACUUAAUCAUCCAGCAGCUAUCUAAGCUACUAGGGCCCGUCUUCGACUCGCGGGAGCACGUCUCUGUACUGGAAAUUGGACCCGGCUCACAAAGUAUUCUAGGGCAUCUCUCAGACCCGAUGAGAAGGAAGAUCACGAAAUAUGCUGCGUAUGAGCCAAAUGAACUUUUUUCAUAG